CUUUUUGAUAUACCUGUUACUAUAGGUGUUGGAAAUGAUACCUUAACAAUUUCAGAUGAGUUUUCACAAUAUUUAGCUGGCUGGGAACCUAUAGUAAAGAGUAAGUUUAUAGCAUCAGUUAAUGGAAAAGGUAUUACUAUUCCACUUUUUGUUUAUAAUAAGGAUGAAAUUAAUAAAAAAAUACAUGAGCUAUAA